AUGCGCGCCAAACAGGCGCAGGUGUCGAUGUGGUCGCGCACGGCGCUCGCGGAGCUGGCGCUGCGGCUGGGCGCGGCGGGCGACGUGCGGGCGGCGCUGCGGGGCGCGGCGGGCCAGCUGGCUGCCCGCGCGCGAUACUCCGCCGAGCCGCGCCUGCACGUGCGCGCGCACCUGGACGCGCAUCAGCCCGCCGCGCUCUGCGUGCGCCUGCACACCGACGACCACCACCGCUGGAGCAACGUGACGCUGAGCAGCAAGCUGGGCGCCGCCGCGCGCAGCGUGCGGCGGACACGCGACGUGCGCGUGCUGCAGGCCGGCCGCACGCUGGCGCUGGGCGCGCGCAACGACGCCGCGUGCCGGGAGCUCUAG